UGAAGUUUAUUUCAACUUCUCUUAAAAAAUAAAUUAUAACAACUUAUAAGAAUUACUAUUGUAUCGAUUUAAAAUGGAUAGUUUUAAUUUAAAUGGUUCUCAAAUUUCGAGGGGAGAGUUCUUUCAAAUGCUUAUUCGCGUAUCAAUUGCAUCUGUUAUAACAUAUUAUUCUGUAAAAUGGAUGAUGAACCAAAUAGACCCUACAAGUAAAAGCAAAAAAAAGGCAAAAAUUAGGGCAGAAGAACAGCUUAAAAGACUAAGCGAGGAAGGAAUGUUUAAAAUUAAUGCACAGCAAUUUAAUGAUUAUGAAUUAAUGAUUGCUUCGCAUAUUGUUGUGCCUAGUGAUAUUUCUGUAAGUUGGAGAGAUAUUGCUGGUUUGGAUAGCGUUGUACAAGAACUACGUGAAUCUGUAGUACUUCCUGUUCGUCAUCGUGAUCUCUUCAGUCAGUCAAAAUUAUGGCAAGCUCCCAAAGGCGUACUUCUUCAUGGUCCACCUGGCUGUGGAAAAACAUUAAUUGCGAAGGCAACGGCAAAAGAAGCUGGAAUGCGUUUUAUUAAUUUAGAUGUGGCAAUUUUAACUGACAAAUGGUAUGGAGAGUCACAAAAACUUGCUUCCGCCGUUUUUUCACUUGCUUUAAAAAUUCAACCAUGUAUAGUAUUUAUUGAUGAAAUUGACUCUUUUUUAAGAAGUCGUAAUUCUAAUGAUCAUGAAGCAACUGCUAUGAUGAAAACACAAUUUAUGAUGCUUUGGGAUGGCUUAAAUACAAACAGCGAUGCAACAGUUAUUAUAAUGGGGGCAACAAAUCGGCCACAGGAUUUAGAUAAAGCAAUUCUUAGACGAAUGCCUGCUCAAUUUCAUAUUGGUUUACCUGGAGCAGAUCAGCGCCUACAAAUUUUACGAUUAAUUUUAAAUUCAGAAAUUGUUCACGAGUCAGUAGACUUUAACCGUCUAUCAAAGUUAACUAAUUCUUUUUCGGGAUCAGAUUUAAGAGAAAUGUGCAGGAAUGCCUCUGUACUUCGGAUGAGACAAUUUAUGCGUCUAAACGAAAAAAGUCUUAAUACAGAAACUAACGGAUCACCAACUUUAUCAAAUAACAGCAACGUAGCAAAUAAUGAAUUAUUAGCCAUAACAAUGGAAGAUUUACUAAAAUCAUAUGAUAAGAUGAAAGAAUCUAAAAUGCAUACUGGUCAAUUGUUAAUGGAGAACAGAAUUGAAUUAGACUAGAUCUGUUUAUUUUUAGCUAAAUGACAGAACUUGUAAUUUUUUGUUUUUUGGAUUAGUUUUUUGUUAGAUAUUAUUUUUUUUGUAGUUUGGUGUGUAAAAUAUACAUCGCUCAUUUGCUGCAACAACGUUAAUUCAAAAAAAGUCGUUUCGAGAAAAACGGCUUUCAAUGUUUUAUGACAUUUUAGUAUUUCUUAAAUAAAUUUUCAACAAAUCAUGCGAUUUCAGAAAUAAAACCUGAUUUAAAUAGUAGAUAUUAAUAUCUUUCUAAUCUGUAUUUAACCCAAAUUUUUACUUGUCAAAUAUACGAGAAAACAUGAAUUUUAAUUUUGACGUUUAUAAGGAAAAAAUACUCACAAAAACUAAUUGUCUUUUUUAAAACUGAUAAAACCAGUAGCCCGUUUCUGAAUUGCAACAAAAACAGUGUAAAAUGAAACAAAAUAUGUUUUUUCUCGCACAAGUGUUUCUGUACCUUGAAUUUGCGAGAAUCUGUCAUUUAAAUAAUUUUCCAGCAAUUAUUGAAAGGAUGUGAGAAAAAGUGUUUCUGUAACAAUAUUUUGCGAAAAGUUUCUCACAAGAACUGUCAAAACAAGUCACAUUUAAAAUUGGUGUGAGAAAAACAAAAUUUUAAAAAAUAUAGAUAUUUUUAACUUCGUAUGUAUAAAUAUGGAACCCAAAUCAGCCGAAAAUGUAAGUAGCACAGAGUUUGAAUAAAAUAAUUAUGUAUACACAUGUAAGUACACAAAAAUGUGUUUCAAAAUAAUUUUUUUAAAUUCAGCAGUUAUAAGCGCCCCACUAUGCUUUUUGUUUUAUAUUUAAAUGAUGACAAUCAAUAAAACAAUUGUUAUAUUUUAGCAUUUUAAUUUUUUUUAGCCUUUCACUGUUUUGGUUUUAUUAUAAUUUCUUUCUUUCGUUGACGUUUGUCUUGCAUUUGACACUUAAUUACUGGAAAUAUUCCAGUAAGAACAGAUUCUGUGUUGUCUGUUUUCGCAUUCAAAUACAGAAACACUUUUUUCUUGCACAUCGAGAAACGAUGGAAUUUUUUGUUUCGCACUUAAUGUGAGAAGUUUUCCGAUGCGAGAAAUACAGAAACGAGCUACAGGAUGCACUAAGUAAGGUGAAAUCAACAACACAUCUGAUUUUUGUUUAUCUAUUUUGAAAAUGCUUGGGGUUUGUCAAACUGUAUUUAUUUCGAAAAAAUAAUUAAUUUUAUUUACAAAGAAAAAAAUUUUUAAAUCAAAAAACAUGAAUGAAAAUGUGAAUAAAAAGAUUUCAUAUAAUGAAAUUUGGAUAAAGCACUAUUAAACCGUUGUUCUUUUUCAAAUAUAAUUUAAAUUUAACGGCCGUUUUUUAGUUAAUAUGCAAAAAUAACGAAAGCUUUGUGUUUACAUUGGUAACGGUUUUGUCAAAGAUUAUUUACAUUGUGUGUUGACAUAAAAAAUAAUAAAUUUAAAAAUUCUAACAAAAAUUAAAA